AUUUUGGAUUGAAAAUAAAAUCAACUGAAAGUAAACAGAAGCGUCACUCGAAUGUGCCAAAUGUGUAAAUUUGUGAAAUGAUUUAAAUUUUUAAAUUCUAAAAGAAGAAAAUUUUAAACAAAAAUGUCAAAAGUUAAAAGGUUGUUGGUUAUCCUGUGUUUAGUGAUUUGUACAUUUGAGUCUUCAUGUGGGCAGCAAGUUGAUUACACUUAUGACGAAUACAGUGAAAAUCUUGAAACAACACAAAAUUAUGAAAUCAAUCCAAUAGAAGAAGAGGAAGUAGUAACUAAAAAAUAUUAUACAGUAGGACAUACUUCAACAGUGUCAAUAGUGGAACCAAUUUCAUGUCACUAUCAAGAUAAAUGGUACCGAGAACGAGAAGAGUUCCGAAUGGGUCCAAAUAAUUGUUCGAUUUGUAUGUGUGUUGAUACUGAUGUCCGAUGCAAUGAUGAUGCAUGUUUGACAGAAAUGCCGGAAUUAGUGGAACCCGAGGAUGAAAAUCUGAAAAAAAUUAAUAAAUUGAUCCCAAGGGAAAAACUCAAAGUUCCAGAAAUCAACACAACAGUAGCAAGUCUCAUACCAGAAAAUUAUCCAGAAACCCCAGAAUCAGAAGCACACAGUAAAUAUGACACAACGGAUCUCUUGAUUAACUGUUGUAACAUCGGCACAUAUAUGCCAAAUUGUAGUGAUGCCGGCAUCGACAAUGUCAUGAUGAAUCCUCCAGCUGGUCUAUGUCGAUCAACAAUCAAACAUUGUUGCAUGCUAAAUAAUAAAGAUUUUUUUGAUCCAUCACAUUUUAAAUGUGAUCCACAAAAUGAAGAUCAUUUGACAUGCUGUGCGGUCUGUAAAAUCGGAAAUAAGAUCAAUGAUGUGCCGGCUAAUUUUAAAUCGCUUAUGACACAAUGUUGUGACGCACCGCAACCGUUGAUACAACAUAAACGAGAAAAACACUCCUGCAGUGUAGGCUACAUGUGGAACGACGCUACAUCAAAAUGUGACGAUAUUGAUGAAUGUCAAGUAAAGAACAAUGGAUGCUGUGAAUCGCAAGAUUGUGAAAAUUUUGAUGGCGGUUACCGAUGUAUUCCAAGACAAACUUGCAAAGUUGGAUAUGAAUUUGAUGAGGAUUACAUGGAAUGCCGAGAUUAUCGAUACACAGUUGUUAAUGACACUGAAGAAGUUGAACCAGCACCAAUUGUGCUUGUAACUGAAUCAGAGCCAGAAGAUUCUUCCUUUAAUGAACCAAUCAAAGUUAAUUUACCAAUUGAAUGUAUAUUAGGUUACCAAUACGACUCCGAAACUGAAAGUUGCGUUGAUAUCAAUGAAUGUCUCGACAGUCCCUGCCAACAUUAUUGUAAGAAUCUUGAAGGAAACUUCCAAUGCUUCUGUAGACGAGGUUAUAAACCAAAUGGAACUCAAUGUGAUGAUAUUGAUGAAUGCCAAAAGAAUCCAUGUUCACAUACUUGUGUAAAUGUUAUGGGAUCCUUUAGAUGUCAUUGCCCAUCUGGAAUGGUACUUGGAUUUGACAGGAAAAAAUGUAUUGAAAGACUUUCGAACGCUACAUGUCCUGAACAAUACAAAACACACAAAACUGUUGAUGACAAAGCAUUUUUAAAAUGCGUCCGUACACCAUGCGCAAACGACAUUAACAAAUGUAAAGCACUGCCGAAAUACUUAACUUACAAGAGUUUGACUCUUCCUAGAAACUUUAAGGUGACGCCUCAAGGAUAUCAAAUUUUCAAUAUUAAAACCAAAUCUAUUAAAGUCAAAGUUGAACACAAGACAAAAGUCAGUGUUGAAUUUAAGGGAAAUAGAGUAAGAGCAGCAAGCGUUAAGGACUUUAGCAUCAAACAAGAGCCAAAUCGAAUUCUCGUAUCCUUGAUGCGACCACUCAGUGGACCUCAAAUAUUUACUCUUAAUAUUAAUUUAAUUAAAGAUGAAACUAAAAUUAUGGAAUCUAUUGAGAUUAAAAUCACUGUUGAAUAAAAUAAUAAUAAUAAUAAUAAUAUUAACAAUGUUAAAUAAUUCUUGAAAAACUAUAAAUUGUGAAUUAAUGAAGAAAGUCAAUUUAAAAAAUUUAAUAAAUUUUGAAAUUUGUAAAACGAAUAA